UUUCGUUUUCUUGCUUCCAGAUGGAGAAUACAAGGCAGAACUUUCUAUUGUUGUGCCACCAAUGGACCGAGAGUUCAACAAUCUGGAAAAUGGUUAUGACAGCUAUCUUGAGUGCGUUGCUGCUGGCAGCCCCCUGGAACAGGUGCAAAUAGUGUGGCUCAAGGAUGAGCGUCCUUUGGGUGAGCUGCCUCAUGUGCUGACCCACUGGAACCGCACCCUGACCCUUUUGCACUUGGGACCCCAACAUGCGGGCCGCUACACCUGCCAGGCUAGCCUGCUUCGACACUCUGAUGGCUCUGUCGCAGAGUCAGCGACCCCAAUUGUCGCCCAUGCCAAUGUCACUGUGUCAGUGCCGCCCUCGUUGAGCCGCAAGGUGGACGAGGAGACUGCAGUGGAGCUGGGCCAGCAGGUGCAGCUGCCCUGCGCGGCCGAGGGCCACCCGCUGCCCGAGGUGCACUGGCUGCUGGACGCCCAGCCGCUGGACCUGACCAGUGGCCGCUUCCACCUGCACGAAGGAGGCACCCUGGAGAUCAGGGCACUGGCCAUGGAGGACGCAGGCGUCUACCAGUGCGUGGCCGAGAACCAGCUGGGCGAGGCGCGGGCCGCCACCUGGCUGCACGUCAAAAUUUCUCCACCGGCCUUCCUGCGAGCCCCUGAGAAUGUGACCGUCCUGGAUGGAAUGGACGCGCAACUGUCAUGCUCGGUUGUGGGGGCUCCACUGCCCAACACGAGCUGGGCAUACAGUGAUGUGGUGCCGGUGCAUAGCGAGGGCCGCAUGCAGAUCCUCGAGAGUGGCACGCUGGUGAUCGCCUCGGUGGUGCUGGCCGACAGCGGGAAGUACACUUGCACGCGGGCCAACUCUGCUGGUUCAGCCAGCGCAGAGGCCUACCUUACAGUGCUCGUUCGCACCCAGAUCGUGAAGCCCCCAGUUGACACACGGGUCAUCCUAGGGUCGACGGCUGAACUGCAGUGUCGGAUCUCGCACGACCUGAGCGUUCCUUACCAGGUGACGUGGUUUUUUGAGGAGAAACCAUUGACGUCCUCAAGUAGAACUCAUCUGGCACCGGAUGGCACCUUGAAGAUCGACCAGGCGCGCAACACUGACAUUGGCACCUACACCUGCGUUGUCACAUCACCCGGUGGAAACGAUACCCGCUCGGCAAAGCUCGAGGUCAUCGAGCUGCCUCACCCGCCAGGCCAUGUGAAGGCGUCAGUGACGGACACUAUGCCCAAGACGGUGAACGUGACCUGGUCACCUGCCUUUGAUGGCCACAGCCCCAUCACCCACUACGUGCUGCAAAUGCGUGCCCUGCCUACUGAAGACAUGUUUUGGCUGACUGUUGAUUCCCUGGCUCCUUGGACAACAGCCCUUUCUAACAUCUCUGCGGAGGUGACCUCGAUCCUAGUGUCACAGCUGAAGCCCUCUGUGAGCUACCAGUUCCGAGUCAGUGCCGUGAACGGUGUGGGCGAGGGCAGUCCUGGUGGCCCCACAGAGCCCGUGUCCGUGCCCCCAGAGCCCCCCGGGGGUCCACCGCAGAAUGUGGUGGGCGCUCCACGGUCUGCCACGUCCGUGAUGCUUCAGUGGCAGCCCCCGCUUGAGGGUGAGCGCAACGGUCGUCUGCUGGGAUAUGUCGUCCGCUUUCGGCUGGCUGGCUACUCCUCCAGUGCCUGGUCCAUGCAGAAUGUGACCACGACGCGUACCCUCCUCGAAGAUCUCAUCGUGUGGCAGAACUACGCCAUCGAAGUCGCCGCGUAUAACGAGAAGGGGCUGGGCAUCUUCUCUCCCAGCAUUCUGGUGCGCACACUCGAAGGAGUGCCCCAAGCAGCACCCAGUGCUGUCCGAGCAGAUGCGCUCAACUCCACGGCUGUGCGAGUUCGGUGGCUUCCCCCGGACCCCCAGCGUGUGAACGGCAUCAACCAGGGCUACCGCGUCGAGGCGUGGCUGAGGGGCCGCGAGGUGGGCUUGUCACCGCCGGACGCCACUGCUCUGGUGGCGCCAAAUGUGGGCUCACCAACCACAGAGCACACGGCAGUCAUCACGGGUCUGCGCAAGUACCACAUGUACAAUGUAACCGUGCUGUGCUUCACCAGUCCUGGCAAUGGACCACGCAGCAAGCCAGUGCUGGUCACAACCAAGCAGGACGUGCCUGGGCCAGUGAAGUCGCUCAAGUUCGACAACAUUCUGGACGUCUCAGUACGUGUGCUGUGGACACCCCCCGAGGACUCCAAUGGGAAUUUGCUGGGCUAUACCCUCAGGUACUGGAUCAAAGAUGACCCUGGGUCAGCAGUAUUGCGCAACCUGACGGCUGAUGAGACCGAGACCACCGUGCGGGGCCUGCGCCCUGUCACGUGGUACACCUUCGAGGUCUUUGCUUGGACAGUUGUUGGGGCUGGCCCAAGCAUUGAGGCAUCCAUCAAAUCUGGCAUCCCACCAGUGUUGCCAACAGCACCAAGACGCCUGGCUGUGUCCAACAUUGGGCCGUUCUCGGUGAUGCUUCAGUUCACACCGGGCUUUGACGGCAACACCUCCAUCACACGCUGGAUUGUGGAAGCCCAAACGCGACGCUCUGAGCAGUGGAUACCGGUCCAUGAGACGAGUGCCCCCGGGGCGCGGACGUUGCACGUGUCGCCACUGGUGCCUUUCACGGAGUACCGGCUGCGCCUUAUGGCCACGAAUGUGGUAGGGCCCAGCCCGCCAAGCGAGCCCUCCCAGUGGUUCCAGACCAUCCAGGCUCCGCCGGCACAUCCCCCACGCAACGUCACCGUGCGGGCCGUGAAUGCUCAUGCCUUGCGCGUCCGCUGGACGCCACUGCCCCAGGUUGACUGGUAUGGCGUUCCCCGGGGCUACAACGUCUCCUUUCGGGCAAAGGAUGAACCCGACUUCAAGUGGACCGUUGUCGAGGAUCACAAUGCCAACAGCGUGGUGCUGGACGACCUGCAGGCAUUCACUCCCUACGAGGUUUUCAUGGUGGCUUUCAAUGAUGUGGGUGCCAGCAGUGCCAGUGCCAUCUCAUCCGAGCGCACCCGCGAAGCGGCCCCCUCUGCUGGCCCUUCCCAGGUGACAGCCAAGGCCACCUCGUCAACCACCGUGGUAGUGUCCUGGGGUCCUGUGCCUCGGGUGCACCGCAGUGGUGUCCUGGAAGGUUAUCGGGUGGUGUACCAGGCAGCCAGGGAGUCGGCGCCCAUGCGCAAACACAUUGAAAGCAAUGCCACUUUCACCACCACCCUGACGGAGCUGCGAAAGUACACUGUGUACUCUGUGCAAGUGCUGGCGUACACUCGUGUAGGCGACGGAGCCCUCAGCCUGCCACCCAUAUCAGUUACCACAUUCGAGGACGUUCCUGGGCCGCCAUCAAAUGUGUCAUUCCCAGAUGUCACUACCACAACAGCGCGCAUAAUUUGGGAUGUCCCACAAGAACCGAACGGUGAAAUUUUGGGCUACAAGAUCUCCUUUUGGCGUCGCCCCAACUCCGGCAAUGGUGCCACAGAAAAUGAGGACACUGCUGAGAGUGCUGACAAAGGUCGGGUGUCACGUGAAGUGUCGGCCAUGGAUCGCACACUGAAGGCCUUUGACCUCCAGCCACAGUCUUACUACGAAUUCGCCGUCAGUGCACGCACGCAAGAAGGAUGGGGCGUGGAGGCUCGGGCGCUUGUGCUGACCACCGCGAGUCGGGAGAAGCCGCAGGCUCCGUCACGCCCACUUGUGAGUCCCUCGCAGGUGCAAGCAAGGCAUGUCACUCUGAGCUGGACACCUGGACGAGAUGGAUUUGCACCGCUCAGAUGUUACUUGCUACAGCAGAUUGAAAACGCGGGCCCCUGGAAGGAGCUUCCCCAGAAACUAGACCCCAGCACCACCACGUACACUGUGGCUGGACUGAAACCGGCCACACGGUACCUGUUCCGGCUGCGGGCUGUCAAUGACCUUGGCUUCAGCCCCUGGAGUGAGCCGUCUAAUGAAACCUGGACACUGCCUGCAGCACCACAAGUUGCACCAACAAAUGUAAUUGUGACGCCGUACACCACUACGUCAAUCACUGUUGUGUGGAAGGGUCUUGCGGAUGAAGCGUGGAAUGGUGACAAGCGACAUCCUGGCUACCGUGUGGAGGCCUGCCCUGUAGGUGCGCCGCUGCAAGACUGCCGUGUGCGGUCCCUGGACGGCCUCGAGGGUGGUCCUCUCACUCUGGAGGGACUGCAGAGAGACCGAAUCUAUGAGGUGCGAGUCAUUGCUUACAAUGGCCAGGGCGAUGGACCCCCAACCCGACCAGUCUCCGUCUACGUUGGUGAAGCCGUUCCCACUGGAAGCCCACGGCAGCUGCAGCUAAGCUCGCCGAGUUCAACUGAAAUAACCGUGUCCUGGGCCCCACCUGCCGAAUCGGAACGCAAUGGUGAACUGCUUGGAUACAAGAUCUUUUACAAAGCAGAAGGCGAUGCAGAAGAAGCAAUGGAAGCGGUCCCGGCUACCCCAACUGCCUAUACUAUCACUGACCUGCGGCGCUUCACCAACUAUUCAGUGCAGCUACUGGCAUUCAAUCCGGCUGGUGACGGUCCCCGCUCCCAGCCACUGCAAGUCCACACCCAGGCCGACCGACCCGGCCCUCCUGGCCCAUUGGUGUUCACCGACAUAACGAUGAAUUCACUCAACGUCAGCUGGACCCGACCAGAGGAACCCAAUGGCAUUAUCACUGGUUACCUGGUCAACUAUGAGACAGCUGACUUGGACAUAGAGUCUGGCAGACAGGUCCGCCAGAAAGUGGUGCACACCUUUCUGGCAGUGCGUGGCCUUGAUGAGAUGACGACGUACCGGUUCACGGUACGGGCGGAGACCUCCCAAGGCUACGGCGCGGAGAGUCAGUGCAACGUCACCACAGGUCCCCAGGAGGGGUCACCCUUAGCCCCCCUGGAAUUGGCCCUGCAACGCUCGGCCACUGCGGCCACCCUUUCCUGGAAGGAGGGGCCCCCGGGAGCCAGCAUCAUCACGGGGUACCUGGUCGAGGCACGCCCCUCACAUGCAGGUGAAGAUGAAGAGUGGCAGACAGUUGCAGAGCUCGAUGGCAGUCCACGCACGUCGUACGAAGUGAGCUUCCAGAACCUUUUGCCAUCGACAGGCUACACGUUGCGACUGUUUGCCCGCAACCGCCUCGGCAUCAGUCCACCGGCUUAUGCCCCUGAUCAUGUGCUGACGCCAAACAAGCUCUUCCUGGAGUACAAGCAAAGACUGCCAUUCUACCGAGAGCCCUGGUUUUUGGUGGUACUCGCUGCUGCAAGCAUGGUAGCCAUCAUCCUGGUUAUCGCUGUGCUGUGCGUCAAGAGCAAAACUCACCAGUAUAAGCAGGAGAUGCAGCAGAGCCUUCGAAGUGACGACCAGUUGAGCUUGAAUGACCAACAGGCAGCUGGGUUUGGCAGCCCUGAGCCACCGACUAAGCGUACAAUGACUCGGGGGUCACUACGCAAGCCGUUGCCUGCUUUGCGGUCUCCACCCCGACCCUCACCAGCGAGUGUCACAUACUCGGACGAAGAGGACACCAAGGCGUACGACGAUCAUUGCGACAGCAGCAGCCUGACCGAGAAGCCCUCGGAGAUGAGUUCAUCCGACUCGCAGGGCUCGGACAGCGAGGACGACACCAAGGGCGACCCACACUCUUUUGUCAACCACUAUGCCAAUGUCAACGACACCUUGCGACAGUCCUGGAAGCGCCAGCGUAUCGCCAAGCCACCAAGUUACACCGACUCGGAGCAGGAAAGCAGUGCCGCCAUGUGCCUCAAUGGUGGACGUGUGGUCCUCAACAACAUGGCCGGCUCACGGGCACCACUUCCUGGUUUUUCAUCUUUCGUAUGAGCCAGUUUUCCACUGACUUCAGGGGUUUGUUUUCUUUAGUGUUGAGAAUGCCCUUUGUGAGUGGAAGAACUGUUUUGUUGAAAGAAACUACAUCGAUGUCCGUGCAUUGUGCUCUUUGAGGUGGGUCUUGCCACGGUCGACUCGCAAGCUCAUUUUCCUUGCCUCAACUUUCUGAAAAAGAAAGUUAACGCAGGAGCAGAUUCGGCAGGUUCGCAAGGAGGGAUGCCUGUCUGUUUACAUGUGUUCAUGGUGCAGUCUACAUUAGGGACUGUUCUUGUUGCUUACUGUGCAUUCGCACCCGCAAGGUACGUCAUUGUCGUUGAAGCUACAGUUGCAUGAACAAAGACACUCCGUCCUAAUCAACAUGUGAACUACAUUGCUGGUGUGCAGCCUUUUAUGAGCUAAUAGUGUGCCUUGCCUUAGACUGUAGGAUAAAAUAGUACCUGUUAUUUUUUUAGCAAGGCAGCCAUUACUUUAGAAGCAGCACCAGCCUGUGCUCUGUUGGUGAUGAUAAUGCUAUUGCUAGCUGCUUCAUGACGGAGCUUUGUGGUAGUAGAAAACGAAAAAACGAAAUGCAGGGUGAUCUUGCUUUUGGAACAUUCACUGCCAGGGGUUUUUCAUAGCCACUUAGCAUUCUCAAAGGAAGCAAUGUGCAGGUAAUUAUUGAGAUGUCAUGUGUGUUGAUUGUUGCUCAGUGUGACAGCAGCGAGAACCAGUCAAUAUUUGUUUUUGACUGAGUUUGCUGUUAUGCCCUCAUGUUGUCUUCUUUUGAAGAAGACACGUCGUGUUCAUCUUCCAGGUGACAAGCAGUGGCUAAUCACUUCAUGUGUGGAGUUACUUUGGUAACGUCAUAUUGUGACUGAAUUAUUUUUCUUACUUUUAGUAAUUUUAUGUGUAAUCACACUUUCAUGCCUUUACAAAGUGUUGUUGACACUAAGUGCCUCAACGGUUUCACCACAAUUGUGGGGUGUGAUUUUUUUCCCCACUGUGUCGCUAAAGCCCAAGCACAGCAAAACUUUUACCGGCAUGAGAAGCCAUUCCCUGCGGUGCAAACACAGAAGGUUAGGGCAGAAUUUUAAAUGUUGGAAUUGAACAAGUGGGUGCAUCAGAAAAGGCUAGCAAAAAGCACAAUUUUUACACCAAAGCUAAAAUUAAAGCGCUACCAUUACCAUUUGCUGGAAGUGACAGAGAACCCAGAAUCCGUCCAUCUGCUCAUUUUCGUCCAGACUGUGUACAGCAGUAGCAUAUACACAGUGUCUUGCUCAUUUUAACAACAAGAAAUGCAAAGCACUGAUUCAUAAAGGCUGAACACACGCACACACGCAUGCUCACAAUCGGAAUGCACAUUGUCAGGGCCAGUGUGAAUGCUUUUUCUCGUAGUUCAGUGAUUCGAUCGGUUCUUUCAUAUAUCACAAUGCCUGACUGACAGCAGACACUGAGGCACGCCCUUCAUGUAUUCAUGUAUAUCAGUCUGACCAUAUCCAUAAAGGUGACAUGGGUAACGCACUCCUUGUAAAUGAAACAGUAAGCAAUUGCUCUUUUACACAUAGUCGCCCAUUACAAAUCCUGCUUAAUGUAGGGAAUUGAAAGAGUUACUUAUUGUUUAGCGGGAAGCACAACAUGUCCAUGGAUAUUGAGCUAGAACUGCUUGAUUCGGUCAACUCGUGAAGGAUAUGCCACAUGCAGCUUCAGCAUAAACACCAAGCAAACCAACUAGCCCAGCUUGUUGGUACAUGCGUGCUGCUCUUACAGCGAGCUCGGCCAGGCAAGCUGCCAUCUGCAAACAUAGGACAGCACACACUCCUUCACCGUUUCACUUCCCAGCUCUCGCCUGGUGCUUCAUCGGCAACCAUGACUUCCCAGAAGGCCAUUGCACCUGCUUGAGCAUUUUCUCCACAUUUACCAACAUCAUUAGUGAUGGAUAAAGAAGUGUUCUUGUUAGUAGGCCCUGUUUCAAAACAGCGCCAGCGUUUACAUACCCAAUCAAGUAGCUACGGCCAGGUACACUUGUGCGAGUUUGCCGUGUGCUGGAACUGCCAUCGAGGCAGAAGGAAACAUUGCCUUAACUGCUUAAUAACUUCUUGAAACCAACACCCUUACAGCCAGUGUUGGAACUGCUGUGCCGUGGCUAGUUGUUUCAUGAUGACAAUGUUGCGGCACAUGAAAACAGGACAAAGGUAUACAAACACAUACAACAUUUUAUGUGUCUCCCUUUGUACUGGAUUAGUCGGUUACGGGAACAUGCAUUGGCUGGUGAGCCGCCACUGCUCUGGUAUCGCUGAUUCACAACAUUGCCUUUUUGCAACACAUUCCACCAGAGCCCUCCAGGUCAUAAAUGCUUGCCAGAUGUUAAUAGUUCAUUCCAAGUGUUACACUUUCAUGAUCAAAGGGUUUAGUGAGUUCAGGACAUAUCAAAGAGCCAUUCAUUGCUAGACACCAAACAAGGUGAAAAUUGCUGGAAUUUAAGAAAGUGUUUAGAGGUGCUCAGGCACGCUGGCUAAUUUUUAAAAUUCUUUAAUAGAAGUUGUUAAAUGUUGAGGAAAAUGUUGUUUCGAGCGCCCCAGAAAACAAAAGGUUUGCAAAUGAUAGCCGUAGGAAAACGAUGAAAGCUAGGAGCAUGAAACGUGAUGAAGAGAUACAGUGUGUACUUGGGAUCUUUGGAGGAAAUUGGGCAAAGGCUUUGGUUCACUCGGGUGGCGCCCAGAACCUGUUGCAAGAGAGGAGGGUGGGUCAGUGCCUGCCAGCUAACUAGGGGGUUUUCUGGAGAAAACCUGAAUCAAUGGCACGGACCCUUUAGGUGUGUCGGGAGUGGCGUGAUGCAUGACAUUGUGCGAGUUUAUAAAGUGGCACUUGCCUAGCGGGCCUCUUACUAUGCCAGGUACCGAGGGCAGCCGAUGCUGCUAUUUGCUUGCCUUUUGUGGGUGUUUUAUUUUUACUAUGUAUUUCUUUCUCUUUUUGGCAUCUGUGGCCUGAGUGAGAAAGUAACUGCCAGCAAACAUGCAACAGCAUAUCCUUCGAAAGAGCGUUAGCAGAAGCAAUUUAUGCUCGAAAUCUGGAGCUGUCUUACAGAAUUUUAUGCAGCUUUGCAGGAUGGCGACAAUUGGUUUGCGUUGCACAAAAAUUUGAAAUAAUGAUGUUCGCUUUAUCGAGCUGUGACUGUAAAUUUCUUUCAUCUGUUCCACAUUGAUUGCUGUUGUAGGCACUUCAACUAAGCAAGUGUGUGUCAUAUUGUGCAAUUAACCUAAUGGACUACUUUGCUUGUGCAACAUUUUUUUUUUAUUUUGCUUGUCAGCUUUGCAACGAGCAUAUUUUAAUGUACUCGAAAGAAAGUGAAGUGGGUUUUCAUUUACUUACUGUAUGUGAAUAGAAUUUUGAUGUUUGCUUAAUUUAUAGACCAGUUUUACUAUUUUAGCCCGUAUUUCAGCUGUAGUUCGUCCGUGCCUGUUUGGUACCACUAUUCUACCCUUUGAAUAUAAUAAAGGUAAAGUCAUUUUGAUAAAUCUCAAAAAAAAAAAAAAAAAUUCAGUCACUACUUAUGACCCAUCCGUCCAGCACAUGUUUUACAGGACUUCCGCGUUUUAAUCUAGCAAAUAUAAUUUCAGAAAGCUUUGAGCCAUGCUUUGUCUCAAGCAUUUUUCUUACACUAUUCUUAGAGUGGUCUAUUUUUUACCAUUUACUCUAGCAUCAUUCCAGGUUUUAAGCAUCCUUAGGUGUUGAAGAAUUUGCUAUUGGCAUAAUGAAAGUGCAGUUUGGCAUUGCUUACAGGGAGAAACAAUUUCUUUGCAGAAAGUCUUGGAAGGAUUUAUGGGACUUAUCUAGUAGCUGCACUGAUUUUGCUACCAUUAGACAAACAUUCCAUGAUGUGCAUUAAAGUACAAGAUCUAUUUAGGAAUUUUAAAAUUUGUCUGGGUAUUUCAUAUCUGCAAUUAAAUUGCCAAUCUUGUAGGAAUGCUUGCAUAUUACACUUUUUAAUAGAACUAAAAUAUUCCGAAAAAUAUUGCUACGGAUAUUGAACAGAAUAGCUGGGUAUGGCUUUACAUAUAGGAAUAGGUAAAGGGCCAAUAACGAAGAGGCCAGCAAUUAGUGUUUUUUAGCUUGUGACUGGAAGUGAAUCAACAAGCUCAUUUCUGGAGCUUGUUGAUGAGCUAAAAUAUUGCUGUUUCUGGGACCAUAAAAAUGAGAGCAGUGGAAUACACAUGUAGCCUUAUGUGCCAAUAAGGUUGGUUAUACCUUCAAAUGCAAGUUUUAAUGUUUCCUCUAAACAGCAGCUAAACUGCGCAGUACCACACACGAUUUCAGUGAUUCAAACAUGGGACCUAAGCUUCACUCAACAACUGCAAACUAAUUGGAGAACAAAUAUGUAGAGCAGUCAUGCCAUAAAGGCAUGUUUUAUUAGUUCAGAGCAACUCCUCAUGCCAGAAAUUAAACUUCAGAAAGUAUUAUCUCUGCGUGGAAGGGGUAUCUCCUGCAGCAGAAAAUGUAUGCCUCAUGCAAGUUGUGGCGAUUCAACCACAUUGAAUUUUGAAUGCUCAAACUGAAUAUGAAUCGAAUAGUAAGAACUAUCCUUUUCACAUUCGAAUAGCACGAACUAUUUUAUUCGUAUUUGAAAUAACUUAAAAGAAAUAUAUCCUGACCCCUACGAUUUUGUAAUAUGCCCAUUAGCGUGCCCAUUAAGUUGCUCUUUAUUUCUUUAAUUCUUCAUUUCCUCCUCAGGCAUGAUCAUGAUAGUGAAACGACUUGACUGUAUGGUCCUGGGGCACAAAGAGGCUCUUUUACUAUUGUAGGGUGCUAUCACUUGCCAUUUUGUUUAAUCAGUUGCCAUAGACUUUUCGCCAUUACUUCCAGUGUCAUGGUGUUUGCAAGUCCUCUGUUGCAAAUCUGUGUUAUUUUGAGAAUCAUAGCAUUUCUUGCAAUGUCUGUAGGUGGAUAUUUUUCUGUUCGCAAUACUUUCAGCACUGUAUUUAUUCUUGUCUAUGCAGCUCUUUUAUUUGUUGUAUGAAACUUCAAAGAAGUCGUUGUGUAUAUAGAUGAAGUUUUGCUGGAAACAAACAGCCUUGUGCAACCACAUGUAUUGUGCACUUGCACCCAGCUCAUUUGCUGCCUUUAUUUGUAGCUGUUUGUGUGUUUGUAUUUGUAUGUUGCAGCUUCAUAAUGAAAGGAUUGUGAACUAGUA